UUCACAGGUCAGGACUGAAAUUGCAAGAUGGCGGCAGGCGGGUGACAUCGGCAAGGAUUUGACAGGCAGUUCGUACUUAGACUUAAUAGGCUUGUACGGCAGUUAUAAUAUCAAACUUUAGACUUAGCCGAGUACAUUCAUGGCGCUGUUGUACAGCUUAUUGUGGCGGCUCUUGCUGUUCCUGCUUCACAGCAGCAGAGCGCUCGUCUCCUGGCUUCGUGUCCGGGUUCGGAGGUGGAAGGGGCGAGUGUGGGAGCGGGCGAUGGCCACAUUGCUACUCCCAAUGUCCCUGGCUCGCCUCCCGGACCACCGGAGGAUAUUAAAUCUUUACCCCGACACGAAUGGCAUUGCCGGUAAUGGAAACUGCGCUCUCAAUCGCCGACACCGGUGGAUGACAGACGGCAGGUCUCUUGAGAAGUUGCCGAGCCACAUCGGCCUGUUGGUUGCCGAAGAGGAGCCCAGCUACACGGACAUCGCUAACCUGGUUGUGUGGUGUAUGGCUGUUGGUAUAUCUUAUGUCAGCAUCUACGAUAAUCACGGUAUUUUCAGGAAGAACAACGCCCAUCUCCUGGAAGUGAUUGUAAUGCAACAACAGCAUCUGCUUGGAACAGAGGGAUCCAAAUAUAAUGUUGCAUUCAUAAGUGAUUGUGACAAACCCCAUAUUAACGUGCUGUCAUGCAGGCCGACAGUGAAUGUGUUAUCUCCUGAAGAUGGGAAACAGAGAAUUGUUCAAGCUGCACAGAAACUUUGUCGCUCUGUAGAAAAUAAAGAGAGGAGCUCCAAAGACAUCACCGUCUCCAUGCUGGAUGCGCUGCUCAGAGAGCCAAAGAAUAUUCCUGAUCCAGAGCUGGUGGUGAAGUUUGGUCCAGUUAACAGUACUUUGGGCUUCCUCCCCUGGCACAUCAGACUCACUGAAUUCAUCUCCCUGCCCUCACACAGAAACAUUUCUUAUGAGGACUUGUGGGGUGCCCUGCAGCGAUAUGGUGAAUGUCAGCAGCGCCUGGGCCAGUGACGUGGGCUCGUCUCAAGUUUAUCACAGUUCAGGGGUUCACACUGUCAAUAAAAUGAGGCUGGGGUAAGACAGUGACCCUUCGUGCCUCCUUCAUGACUCGAUUCCACACUCGAGACUCCUACAUCGCUGAGACAGUGAACAAAGCCAGGAGUGAGAGCGUGAUCGCUCACUUCCUGCCACCAGCUCUUGUACUACAAUAAACUGAAGUUCAUGGGACUCUGCAGCUUGAUCUUAGAGCCGAGCGAAAAUAACCUCGGUGACACAUACUAACAUGAGAGGACUGACUGUUCUCUCAGAGUGUCUCUUUCACCGAUCUCCAGCUGCUGUUUAUCACGGAGGACAUCACUCAGCAGAAGAAUCUGAAACGAGGCUUUGUGUCAAACGGAUGAAAUCUUAAAUUUUUUGUGAGAAAUUCUUUAAUAAGCGUCAAAACACGACGGGAAGUACCAUGUAAGGACAGUGAUUCAUUGUGUAAAUAUAAGAAGUUUGUGUGGCUCUGUGUGUCCCAGCUCUAAGUCAUUGUGUCAAAGUGUGUUUCUCCCCCCAAAAAUAUGAUUGAAGGCUCUACCUUGACUGACUAGGCCACUAAAAUAAAGAAAUGCACUGUUUUUUUUAAA